UGAGCGGCUCCCAUGUGAUGCAUGCCGCGGACGGGGAGGUGGGUGUAUCCAGCCCGGCCGCUCUGAUGUGAGGAAGCAGCAACUCCUCCAUCCCACUCAGUCUGCUCUCGGCGCUCUCCCGUUUCAGUCCGUCCGUCCGUCCGCUGGCGUAGUACUCGCCGCUAUUCAUUCCCGCCUAGGAUUCGUUUACGGAGCCCACGCAGACAGUUCCGCAGAUGGAUGCAGAUUCAUGUGCGUUACCUAUAAAGUGUGGAUCAGUGGCAGAGCCGACGCUGAACUUCCUCCCCCUCCUCGUUCCGCGUCUUGUGGAUACUGCGCGUAGCUGCAGAGGCUGCCAGGUCCAACUGUAGCAAACACAAGUCGAUGACUGAGGACUCUGCAUCCCAUGAUGGAGAAGAGAAGUGCCAACGGUUUCCAGACCAAGGCCAGUGACGGCGGCGCCCAGAGGAAGCAGCUCCCCUACUCGGUCGAGACUCCCUAUGGCUUCCACCUGGACCUGGACUUCCUCAAGUAUGUUGACGAUAUUGAAAAGGGCAACACCAUUAAAAGGGUUCACAUCCAGCGCCGGGUGAAGGGCCCACCCAAAUUCAGUACUCUACCUAGGAAUUUCAGUCUCCCUGGGCACGGAGCCAGGCCUGCUGCCAAGGAAAAGGACAGUGCAUGGUCUGGGACUUCCACUCUGGGCCCGAAGCCCAAAUCACGGGUGACAGAGGUCCAACAGAUCUUUGAUUUCAGAGCAAGUGAAGGGACCUCUAGCCACAGCAGCAGGGGUGCAGCCAGUCAAGGAACUGGCGUUGUUUCAGCCAAGCCAAAGGAUGAAGUCGGGGCAGGAGCUCGUGUUGAUGAGAGCGCAGCGGGGAUUCAGAACCGCCCAAACCUGCUGCGAGCAUCGAGCAUGCCCAUCACCCUCCAGCAGCGCAAAGGCUCGGAUUCAAGCAGUCCCGAUCGUGCUCUGGGAACGCCGGAGAACGGAUCGACUGAGAACAUGUUCCGUGCCUCACCAGACAUAAUAGAGAGACGCUGCCUUCCCCAGGACCGAGCCGGCCUUCACCAACAGAUCACAGUGGCCCUGAAGCGGGUCAGAGAACUGGAAGAACAGGUGAAAACCAUUCCAGAUUUAAAAGCUCAAAUCUGCUCGCUGAGGGAGGAGAGGGAGAAGCUACUGGUUCAGCUCCAAGCCCAGAUCCAAGCGCAGGCCUCCACAUCGACGCCUACUAAAGAGCCCAGUACAGAAGCUGAACAACCUCAGCCACAAGGACACAGACCAUUAGAAAGGCUCAACCUGGACCUGACUCAAGCAAGAGUCCAGGGUGUGCAGGUGACCAGGAAAGAGACAGUAACGGAAAAAAGUGCAUUACAAGAGGAUGCAGCACAUGGAGAACAUUGUAGGUUUUCAGAAUCUGAGAGGGGAACACAUCCGUUAGGACAAUCAAAUAAAACAGAGGCAUCAGAGAGUCCCGUGGAGCCGGCAGUGAAAACGCUACAAAGAGACUCCCUAGAACAGGAAGUGUCAACACUUACGGCGUCUGAUCAAGAUGCAGAAGCUGGAAGGGCUCAGUACGGAAAAGCUGAGGCCUCUCAAAGUGUGCAGACGCUGCAGGAGAAGCUGAAGAUACUGGAGGCCAAACUUACUCAGGCCACAGAGGAGCUGGAGAGAACCAAUUCACUUUUGAAAGAACAAAUAGAGGAGAACAAAGUGAAAGAGGAGAAAAUACUACAGUUGAGUGAGGGAAUGAUAGUGGAGGUUUGGACGGCAGGAGCACAUGACAGGCCACGAAGAGAGAGCAUUGAAGCAGGAACAGAGACCGAGAGGGUGGAUUUCACAAAUCAAGAGACAGAGACAGAAUCGCCCGGCACUGUGGACCAGGGAACAGACACAGACAGGAUCUGCAUUGAAGUGUGUUUACCAGAACCAAGCGCUGGCAGCGCGGAUCAAGGGCCAGCCGAAGCUGACACACGCGACCAGGUGACCGAGACGGAAUCAGAAGCGGCAGCGAGGACCCCGCCGAGACCCAGAGCCGACAGCAUGGAGCGGGGCACGGUCACCGAGAGGAUCGCCACGCAGGACCAGACCACAGAGACGCCGGUGGCCGAACGGGUGAACCAGGUCACAGAGACAGAGGGGGCGGCGGUGACCGACCACCCUCAGAGGCCCAGGGCCAGCAGCGCAGACCGGGGGACGGAGACGGAGAGGGUGGGCACGGUGGACCGGGUGACGGAGACGGAGGCGGCGCAGAGGACGGACCAGCAGACGGAGACGGAGCUGGACCGACGCCAUGACAACAAUCCCAGCAGAGAUGCUGGCACUGGGAGCCAGCCGGAGGAAGGCGUGAGCAGCGAAGGACGAGGGGACGUGGACCCUACGGUCAGCGAUGGAGUCAGAGGCAAGGAAGCAAAUGAGAGAAGUCCAAAAGACAGGAAAGACGUGGUCGUGAAAGUGGCAGCUUUAGAAGAAGCAACUGGACAAACAUCUGUCUUAGAACCUGAAAGCCAGAAUGAAGGGCAAAGCAGUGCACCUGCAGUGAUUGUGAUUAAAGAAAGUGGUGCACAGGACACUGCUAAAACUCCAGAGACCGUGGAAUCAAAACCCACUGGAGCCAAACCCACUGAGCUGGAAAGUGUGGAGAGGAAACCAACAGCAGCAGGAGAGACUGUGUGCGCGAUAAUCAAAGAAGCUGUGCUCAAGGACAAGGUUGUAAUAGUUUCAGAGGAGGCAGCGGUGAAGACAGCAGCUCCUGUGAGACCUCAGAGAGGCCGUAAGCCUUCAGCAGAGCAGCCGUCGGCUCCUCAGCUUCAGCCUGCGCCUGUGCGUCCCCGUAGAGGAUCCAGCGAAACCCAAGGCCCGGCGCCGCAGACGAAGACCCAGGAUGCACCACAGCCCGAGCAACCCAGCACAAAGAUCACUGGUACGUCCACAGCUGAAGGCAAGACCCAGUCAAAGAGACCCCCUGGUGACGCCAGUGAGAAAAAGCCUCAAUCCCAACCACAGGCUGAGAGCCAGGGCCCACUUCCUGCCCCCAGUGAAGUCCAAACCCGUCCCAAAUCAAUUAAAGCAUUACAGAAAGGAUCCAGUGUCUCACAACCUUCUAGUCGGGUAACAGGAGAAGCCAAAGCCCGCCCGACGCGCCAGGCGUCCACUGACCUCCAAUCUCAGCCUCAGGGCUCCCGCAGGAAGAGUUCUAGCGAGGGUCAACCCCCUCCACGAAACACCAGCGAGACACAGUCCCCACGCAGAGGCUCCGGCGAAGCGGCUCCUCGUCGCGGCUCCAGUGAAGCCCAGGCCUCCCGCCGGGACAGCGCCGAGUCCCAGCCUCCUCGCCGGGGCUCCAGCGAGUCGCCAACGUCUCCCGCCGCCCUGGGUCAAGUGGUGACCCGGCUCACGGGGCUGCUGGGGGAGCAGUGGGCGCAACUGGGGAGCGGCUCCGGAGCCCCGCAGGCGGCCGUCCAGCCGGAGGGCGCCGGCGCCGCGCACAAACAGGCGGCGGGGAAGAGGGCGGAGCCCGUGAAGGGGGCGGCGGCCAGGCCGGCGGGGAGAGGAGCGGCGGCGGCGAAGGGAGCGGCGGCGGCGGCGGGGAAACCGGCGGCCAAGGCGGGCGCCUCCAAAAUGAGCUCCAUUCAGAGUCAGCUGGUGAGCUCCCUCAGCGUCCUCUCCGCCUUCUACUCCCCAGGACAGAAGGCCGCGGCCGCCAGCAAACAGCAGGAGCAAGGUCUCAAAUCUAUUAUGAAGAAAAAUGGUGCCGCCGACAAGCAGGGAACCAAGGGAGCCAAGAAAAACCUCAAGUUUGUUGGGGUGAACGGAGGCUAUGAGACAACCUCCAGCGAAGAGUCAAGUGGAGAUGAGAAGACGAAGGUGGAGGAAGAAGAAGCCGACAGCUCAGAACCAGAGGUGGAGAAGGAGAAGGAGCCAAUGGAGACGCCUGAGGAGGCAGCAGAGACCCAGGAGACGGGGGCUGAAGCUUCCGCUGCUGAGGAGAAGAAGCCUGAAAGAGGCCUGAUGGAUCCCGAGGGCUUCCAGGAGCUGCUGGAGGAGCAGGCGCAGGGGGAGAAAGUGGACAAAGGUUUCAUCGACGCGUGUCUCUACGUGAAGGACCGCAUGGAGGAGGUUUCAUCCCCGGAUAAAGAAAUGCGGCAGGUUUUAGUGGUGCUGUACCAGGAGUGGUUCAGGGUCUCCAGUCAGAAGGAGUCGGACGCCGACACCGUCAGACUGUACCUGCGUCAGGUGGGCCUGACCACGCCCACUCUGCUGCCGUACGUGGUCAACCUCACCGACGGCAACGGGAACAUGGCGCUGCACUACAGCGUGUCGCACUCCAACUUCCCGGUGGUCAAGCUGCUGCUGGACACGGGCCUCUGCGAGACCGACAACGUCAACAAGGCGGGCUACACCCCGGUGAUGCUGGCGGCUCUGACGGCCGCCGAGACCCCCGACGACCUGGAGGCGGCGCAGCAGCUGCUGCGGCUGGGCGACGUGGACGCGCGCUCCCGCCAGAUGGGCCAGACGGCGCUCAUGCUCGCCGUGAGCCACGGCCGCGUUGCCAUGGUGAAGCUGCUCCUGAGCUGCGGCGCCGACGUGAACGCGCAGGACCGCGAGGGCUCCACGGCGCUCAUGUGCGCCAGCGAGCACGGACACACGCACAUCGUGCGCCUGCUGCUGGAGACGGGCCGCUGCGACACCGGCCUCACAGAUAAGAACGAUCAGACGGCGCUGUCUGUGGCAGAAGCAGCCUCGCACCAGGACAUCGUGGAGCUGCUGAAGGCCGAGACCCCGUCCGCCGCGGGUCUGCUCUGAGCCGCACCGCUUACGCUUCCAGACCACGUCAGCCCUUCCAUUUCAGGACCCUCCUCCCACCAGAACAGCAGGAAGAAGCUGGAAACACAAAAUGCACAAAAAAAGCAACCAUCUGGGCGACGGGCGCAGACGGGCGCAGACGGGCGAGGUGGGCGCCUGCAUCGCGUUGGCUGCGCAGCUCUGGGAGCUCACGUCCUGCAGCAUCCAGCCGCAGACGCGCUCUCCUUCCACACGUCUGCCAACAUGCCCCAUGGGUGUUAUGGAUAUGCUGCAUCAACCACUCAGUGGACAGACAAACAAAGAGGGUCACGCGCGUUGAUGGUGGGACAUCGCCAUAGUAACCAGUGUGAUUGACAGGAUAUCAAGUAGGGGACGGGAUGAGAAUAUGAAUACAGAUCAGGGACCGGCAAUUGCAUGAAGAGAAAGUUGGAUGAACUGCUGCUUCUUAUCAUCAAACGACCUCUUCAAGCUCUAUACUAAGCACAUGACCUUUUUAAAUAUGAUAUUAAAUAUGACAUCAUUUCUAUUUUUUCUUUAACAACAUUGACAUCACACUUCAUAUUUGGACAUAAGCCAUUACUGAGGACAUAGUAUACAGUAUGUAGAAUGUUAUUCUAACAGAUUAUAAUCACAAAAACAGAAACUGUAUUUUCUACUGCAUUUUUCUAUCGUGUGUGUGUGUGUGUGUACAGUAAAUCUGCACUCUCUCUAAUAUCGGUGUCCAAAGGAAACUAUAUCUCUCCAGAAAGCGUGGAUUAAACAUUAAAGUGAUAGAGUAGAUCUUUUCAGUGGAUAUUUGGAGUCGUUCCGUGUAUCGUUUACGUCACAGUUUUCCUUAUCUGACACGGCCGAUCGUCAUCUGGGAGUUAGAGACACAAAAGGCUGAAUUGGAGAUAAAAGGCUUUUGUUGGACACAAAAGAAAAGAGUUUUUUAUAACCAGAAUAUAAGCAGUAGUAAGAAAGACUAAAGUCUUCUACUAGAAAAGUUCAGAAGGUGCUGCAUGCAAAUACUCCCCCGGCCGCUCGUACUAAACAGUAUGUUGUAAUACUGUCUGUUCUAAUGAUUAACACUCGUCUCUGCCUCAAGUCGAUCUCCUCAACUCCGACGUACGUCUUCGUUCGCCUGCUUGUUUCAGAUCAAAUCCUGUAUGCAGCUGCUGCAAAGUGCACAAUGAAUGUGGGGCCGCGAUACAUUCCAGGAAAAAAUGAGAAAAACACAUGUAGCAAGUCCAAGCACACCGGCAUGGGUGGUGGAGCGAAGACAAGGCUGUCAGUGAGGCGAGAGGACGUCUAACACGUGCAAUCGCAAAGACCUGGUCUGCCUGGUUUCAAAUUGCUAACGCCAGUUCAUCCUGCCUCCAGACAUUCACACUGCAAACGGGGAAACUGGCAGAGAAAAAAUAAGCAUGACGUUUUCGUUCAGUCCGAGAAGCAAUAUUAAUGGAGUACAGUGUCAAGUCAAUCAGGAACUAGCUACAGUAGCCGGCAGCGGGGUCUGGUUUUGCCUUAAUCAGUGACAGAAGUGAUAUUUUCCAGGGAAUGUGCUUCACAGAACUACACCCAUAUUCCUAAAGUAUCUGCUCCGAUCGCGUCUCUGCUGCAGAUGUCUGACGGGUUUACAGGAACCAGGGAUUCACAGUCUCACCUGGGAACAGGUGAAUAGACUCCACAGACACUUUUUCUAAGUAAAAACCUGAUAUGUUGCUUCUAUUAACAAUCAACUGCUUAAUAUUUUUUAUAUAACUAGAUUCCAAAUUUAGCCACUUUCUCUAAACAAGAACUGAGUAAACUUUUCUAAAUUUAUUAAGAACUCAUUCGUGGACACUUUAUAAAUAUGGGUGCUAAUGUUACGAUGUAUUCUAAUGAAAUAGUCCUGUAACAGUGGCUUAGUGAUCAGAUCAUCAUCAUUUGUCGAGUCACAGCAGAGCGAGAGAAGCUCGUGCUACUGUAGUUGUGUGUACUUUCCCUCAGCACAGACGGCGACCGGCGGUUCGGAUCUGUGCUGUGUGUUUGGUCUUCCGUGGUUGUGAAACUAAGUAAAUGACGCCCAUAUGUUUAAUCCAGUGUGACCCAGAUAAAUAAGGUUUCAUAACUGGCCGCACACCAAAGAUCUGAAAUCAAAUCUGCAUCACAUGGGUUAAAUGUCAUACUUUAAUCUAGAUUAUGCAUUAUUUUUGUUUCUGUACAUCCAGCCAAAUACAUGUACAUACAGUAUCGUGAACAGUAUAUAACAAGUAUCGUCUGACAGUUUGCUCUAAAAAUUAUAUGAAGUAUUUAUUCCAAAUUAUAUAUUUUUUACCAUAUAUAGUCUACUAAUGUAUGCAUGGACACAUACUCGGUCGGUUCGAGGGAAACUAGAAGCUGGUGAUGUGCGUUCUGGGUGUGUGGGUCCGGUGUAGUAGAGGUUGUGCUUGUGUCAUGUGCCCUUUGAUGCUACCUAUGAUAUGUGUGGGGAAAAUAAAAAGCAGAGUUAAUGCUGGUUCAAUACGGGCGACGUGCGCCUGGUGUUAAUCCCCUUCUAAAACCAGUCUAUGUACAUGACAGUGUCAAAUGUAAAAACCUGUACCUGUGCUCAUUAUACGACAGGUCUACACAUUAUAACCCAGAGGUCUACUUCCAAAUAAAGAAAUACCAAGACUACA